AUGUACCUCGAUGACCACGUCGCUUGGCUCACCAAGCAGCACCAGCAGUCUCCCCUUACCGUCUUUUCCAAGUCCUACUGUCCUUACUCGCGCAGGGCCAAGGAGCUCCUCCGAGAGCAACAUGCUAAAUUCGACGUCUACGAGGUGGACCUGCGAGCCGAUGCUGAGCAUCUUCAGAUGGCCCUACGAGAGAUCUCGGGUCACCGCACAUUCCCUACCAUCUUUCUCAAAGACGAGCUGAUCGGCGGGUCCGAUUCGCUUCAGCACCUCCAGGAUCUGGGUGUGCUGCCAGGCAUGCUUGCAGCCGCCAAGGCUCUCCUCUAG